UGACAGCCGCACAGCAUGCCGGGACAUGUAGUCCGGCUGCGGAGGUGGAUCUGCGGAAGCUUCCGCUCGGUGGCGUCACACAUGAGCAACAUGGCCCCCGGUAGCCGGGCCGCCGCGGUGCUCGUCCUCUCGCUGCUGUGCCUGAGCCGCGCCUCCGUCUCCACCGAGCACUUCUCCGCCCUGACGCUGUUCAACAACGAGCUCCACCGGCAGGGCUGCAGCUCGCUGUCCGAGUGGGAGGAGUACGCCUCCGACUGCGAGUCAUCAAUCUUACAGUUGGAAGACCCAGACUGUGAGGAAGGAAGCAACCCGCCCUGCGAGUCAGUCUUCUCACUUAAUGCAGAGAAAAUCCUGAACCAGGCCAAGUUGUUUAUAGAGCAGAAAAAAAUCCCCUUCCCUGUAGUGAACCACAACACGAAUGAAGAACUUGCUAUAGGCUACGUGCUGAUCGGCAACGGUCUUUAUGAUGAAGCCAUCAAACAUUUCUCCCUCCUCCUACAGGGUGACCCGGAGCUGGUCAGUGCCAUUUAUGGGAGAGGGAUAGCUUAUGGAAAGAAAAGUCUGCAGGACAUAAAGAAUGCUGACUUGGCUUUGUACGAGCUCAACAGAGUCAUCACGCUGGAGCCAAACUGGCCAGAAGUCUACGAGCAGAGAGCCGAGAUCCUGUCUCCUCUGGGUCGGAUCACUGAGGCUCUGGGGGAUCUGACCAAAGCCAUCCAGCUGCAGCCGUCCGCUCGACUCUACAGACACAGAGGAACGCUGCUUUUCAUCUCAGAGGACUACGUGGCAGCUAUGGAGGACUUCCAGCAGUCUUUAGAGCUGAAGAAGAAUCAGCCCAUCGCCAUGCUCUAUAAGGGCCUCACCUUCUUCCACAGAGGCAUGCUCAAGGAAGCCAUCGAGACGUUCAAAGAGGCGCUGAAGUUCAAGCCUGACUUCAUAGAUGCCUAUAAGAGCCUAGGACAGGCCUACAGGGAGCUGGGGGAUUUUGAGUCAGCUAUGGAGAGUUUCCAGAAAGCCCUCAUGUUGAACCAGAACCACAUCCAGUCUCUCCAGCUCCGAGGCAUGAUGCUCUACCACCACGGCUCCCUGCAGGAGGCCAUAGGCAACUUCAAGAGGUGUCUUCAGUUGGAGCCCUACAACGAGGUGUGUCAGUACAUGAAGGGGUUGAGUCACGUGGCCAUGGGGCAGUUCUACGAGGGCAUCAAAGCUCAGACUAAAGUCAUGCUGAACGAUCCUCUGCUGGGACAGAAGGCCAGCUCCGAAUACCUCAAAGUGAAAUACCUCAGAGAGUACUCUCGCUACCUGCACUCCCACCUGGACAUCCCAGUGGCCGAAUACAACGUGGACCAGGAUUUACCAGGAAACUUCAAGAACCACUGGGCCAAGAACCUGCCUUUUCUAAUAGAAGACUACGAAGAGCAGCCCGGCCUGCAGCCACAUAUCAAGGACGUGCUGCCGCAGAACUUUGACAGCUACAGCAGUGAAGUUCAGAAGCUGAUAUGCACGGCCGACCAUCUGGGGGCGCUAAUGCAAUAUGACACUCCUGGUUUCCUACCGAACAGGCGGAUACACAGAGCCAUGGGUUUGGCUACGCUGGAGGUCAUGCAGGCCAUGCAUCGAACAUGGAGCAACUCCAAAGUGCGAGUCAACGGCAAGACCAGGCAGAUGCAGUGGAGAGACAUGUUUGAUAUAGCUGUUAAAUGGAGAAGGAUCGCAGAUCCAGACCAGCCAGUUUUGUGGUUAGACCAGAUGCCGGCCAGGAGUCUCAGUCGAGGCUUCAACAAUCAUAUCAAUCUCAUCAGGGGACAGAUUAUCAACAUCCGAUACCUGGCUUACUUCGACAACAUCCUGGACUUUAUCAAAGACAGAAUACUGGUGUACCACGGGGCGUACAACCCCAGAGGUUUACUAGAAGUCCGACAGGCUCUUGAAAAUGUCAACAAAGUAGAAGAUCUUCUGCCCAUAAUGAAGCAGUUCAACAGUAAAACCAGAGAUGGCUUCACAGUCAACUCCAAGGUCCCGAGCAUGAAGGAUGCUGGGAAGGAGUACGACGGUUUUACCAUCACCAUCACCGGAGACAGGGUGGGCAACAUGUUGUUCUCAGUAGAGACGCAGACGACAGAGGAGCGGACCCAGCAGUACCAGUCAGAGAUCGAGUCCAUCUAUAAAGACCUCACAGCCAAAGGAAAAGCUUUGAUGCUGUCCACAGAACUCGGGGACGCAGACGCCUUGUGCAACCUGAUCCUCUCCUUGGUCUAUUACUUCUGCAACCUCAUGCCCCUCUCCAGAGGAUCCAGUGUGGUGGCGUACUCCGUUGUGAUGGGGGCGCUGAUGGCCAGUGGGAAGGAGGUCGUCGGUAGGAUCCCUAAAGGAAAGCUGGUGGAUUUUGAAGCUAUGACCACACCGAGUCCAGAGAGCUUCAGUAAAACAGCGAAGAUCUGGAUGAAUCUUAAAAGUUUACCGAGCUGGUACCAGAGUCUUCCAUCUGUAGCAGAGACGUUCGCGUCGACCAGGACGAUGAUCGAGGUUCUAAACACAGACUCGUCUUCACACUGUCCGAAGAAGUCUUAACACGACUUCUCCACCGGAGACGGGUCUGUUCGAUGAAGUCUUAAUGAUGGAGCUUCUACACUGGGCAGAACAACGUGACUUUCUUCUUCUUCUUCUUCUUCUUCAACCCAAACCGAACCGGACUAAGAUCAGAGUCUGUUUCCCGACAAAGUAACGACCAUUAUUUGGUUUUUCAAAUUAAAACCGCGAUUAGUUUCAUUUCGGUAUCCAAACACACUCCUGCUUUGUUCUCUGUCAUCUUUCCUGAAACGCUUCUUCGCACAUGACCCCUAACGCCACAGUUGGAAAGUUUAUUUCUCAUUUUAAAUGCAUCGUAGUGAAAUGUUAAAAAGCAGUUUACUAUUAUUACCUUUAAUUGUAUUUUAAUCACCACCACAGUAAACAGCAAAGAGCCACAGUCUCAAGUGAGACGUUUCCUCAGUUAGUUAAUUAAACAUCUUGGGCUGGAAGGAAACGAAUACUUCAUUUGUAUAAAAAUGUGGUUUUCUGUUGAAGUUUUUCGGAUACACGCAGAUUUUUUUCAAAGUACAUAUGUUCAUAGAGUUCAAUAACAGAUCAGUUUUAACGAGUACUUCAUGUUUGGCGUCUUUCACAACGAUACUUUGGGUUUGUCCCCGUGUUACCACACUGUUAGUGAGAAAUGACAGAGAGCAUUGAAGCAGGAUGUGUCCGUAAGCAACCCUGUAACCUGAUUCUCUCUCUCUCUCUCUCUCUCUCUCUCUCUCUCUCUCUCUCUCUCUCUCUCUCUCUCUCUCUCUCUGUCUCUGUCUCUCUCUCUCUCUCUCUCUCUCUCUCUCUCUCUCUGCGUCAUCGGCCUCACACUCAAACGCCCAAAGCACAAAACUCAUCGGCAUGAACAAUCUGUCAUCGCACAGACAAAAUCCCUAUAUUUAGUUCACCAAGAAUGUUGAAUUUUAUCUUCAAGUCUGGAGAUUUAAGUUUUGAAUCGACAGCGUUAUGUAUUAAAAGUUUUUAUUUAAAAUUGAAGAUCGUAAUUGGCACUUUAAACUUCUCCUUAGUUAAACCGCUGCUGUGCUCCGGUCCGACAGCAGAGAAGGAGCUGAGGGAUUUUAACGAUAUGAAACCAAACCUGAUUCUACUUUGGAUACUUGAAGCAGUUUCUCUUUUUAAUUUAUUUACUCAACGCUGGCAGGAAGUGUCACUUCUCUUUUCGGGGGCUGUAACCCCAGAUUUCUUUUAACGUGACCCAUGACGGUUUGAUUUAAAGAAGAGUUGCUGACCUGAAACAAGAGGGACAGUCAGAGAUUUUAGGUCGAGACAGAAAUCAGCAACAAAAACCUAAAUUGACAAUCAAUAAUUUGGUAAUUUAUAGACAAAUUUAUCACUUUUAACUUUCAUAAUUAACUAGUAAAGAAAAUAACGAUUGGCUGCAACUGUUAUUCAUCUUUUCCUCUGUUUAAAAUGGAUGAAAAUAAAAGCAAUUCAUUCAAUAUUAGUGUCAUUCUAAAGUUGCUUCAACCCAAAUUAACAUUUAACAUUUAAUUGUAAUAUCACCUUUAAAAUAUAAUUAGUAACCAUUGAAACUCAAGUAGAAGCUACAAAAUAAGAGCUCCUGAAUGUUCCCUGAUAUCUCUGACUGUUUUAUCUUGAUGAGGAUUAAUUACAGGUGAAAUAGAAAAGCACACAACAACUGUUACUGUUAUUUCCUUAGCGAUCAUUCUUUAAACCUGCGUUAAAUGACAUCUCAUGAGUUUUACAUUUUCAUGGAAUUGCACUUGUGUUGUUUUAUGAAGUGAUGUUUAAAUCUGAUAUCCUGUGAGGGAGGAUGUGAUGUUUACGUGCGGUCACCUCACGAGACUAACUGCUGACGGGUCAGAGGCUGCGUGCGGCUGCGGUCACGUAUUCUAACGACUCGUCGAUCUGAGUUCAAGCACAAGCAGACAAGUGGUCAACAGGUCAUUUAAUAGCAUCGAGUCCCUCGAACAAAAUUCAGUUCAUUUCUUAUUUAAACGUUUACGAUUUAGAGGCCUUUAACAUAUCAUCCCUGAAUGUCCAGUUCGUUCAUCUUCUCAUUCAGUCUGUUCAUCUCCGGCCUCACUGACAGUGAAUGGCUGACACCGGUUCUGCUCUGUGUCACUUUUUCUUUUUUCAUAUCAACGAUUGUUCUGGUUUUCUUAAUGUUCAUUUGUUUUUGCGCUGGCUGCUCCAGUCGCGAGUCUCUGCAGAGCGACGAGUGCACAGCCGGAAAUCUCAACGCCUCAGACUGGAAGGAGGGAAUUUCUUUUUCAAUGAAUGAGUGAACGAAUGUUUAGUCAAUAAAACUGGUUGACAAUUGUA